UAAAAAGAGCAGAGAAAGUCGGAAAUUAAGAAGUGUGAAUUCAGUACACUUCUGCAAGAGGAAAAAGUAUUCAAGGCCUUCUGUGAGGAGCACCGAAUAAUGGAAGUUUGCCAAAACUAUUGUGAAAAGUGCAAGAAAAGAACUGAAGAAAGUUCAAAGGGUACAGAAGAGCAAACAAGAGAGUUCAAUGAAGAAGUCAACAAGCUUGGUGAAGUUAUUUUGGUUUGAUUAUCUGUGCCUUACUUCCUUCCAACCAUAGCCAUGCAUGCAUCUUUUCUUUUUAGGUUUUGACAUACAUUUAUUAGUGCAUCACAGCCCUACCACAAAUGUGCACUGGUUUCAUGUUCUAUUGCCCUUUAAUUAUCUGAAUCUUUUCAACUCUCUCUCUCUCUCUCUCUCUCUUAAUUCCAGGAUUGUGGAACAAACCUAUUUUCGGAGGAGGGACUUCAACUGCUUAUUCAAUAUUCCAAGGACCAGGCAGCAGCUGUUGAGGAGAACCAUGAAAUGUUGGAAGGAAACUUAAAGGCUGGGCCCUCAAAUGUUGACUCAAAUUCUGGCGCCUCGCACUACUUUGAUAACUGGUGGUGUUGCCAAUUCUAGUAGCGCUGGAGGUCAUGGUGAAUAGGGCCAAAGUUAGGCACCCCAUUUGAGCGAGCAUGGGAAUUAAAGAGGAAGAGAGACGAAGAACUGGAUGAAGCUCGUAGGGGCAAAAGGCCUGGAACUGCUGACAAUUACACUCCGCCUUGUCCUCCAAUUUAUGGUUCUCAACCUGGUGGGUUUAUGGCUGACGCUCACUGACAGACUUCCCCUCAGUCAGCUGCUGCAUAUCUUUUCUCUACCUUAGCAUGGGCAUCUCAGUGGGAGGAGAGGUUAAGGAAGUUAACUGGUGAGCCUGCAUCGGGGGGUAACAAUGGAGCCCAUGCAAGUAUGGACGAUUUUGUGAAGCUGCAAUAUGAGAAGCUUCAAGUCAAAGAUGCUGAAAGAAGGAAGCCGGAACAAUAAAUUUUAGCAGCUGCUUCUAUUGAUGCCAACCCUAAAUUCAAGGAAAAGAAGAAAGAAGCAGACGACCUGAAAAAACAAGUAGAGGAGCUGCAUGAGGAGGUUAGCAAACUUCAGGCUGGACUGGCAAAGAGGGAUGAGAUUAUUUCCAAGGAUGUAUUUAAGCAGAACCUGGCUGCUGUAUCCCUUGGCUGGAAUUUAAUGAAGAAGUUGCUGGAGUCCAUCAAUGCUGGUACUGAGUUUCUUGACCUGUCUCUCUUGGACACCAUCAAGCACUGUCCUCCUCUUCUUCACCAGUUCAACGAGGGUCUGACUUCAAUAGGUCAGGGACAUACUGAUAUUGAUGACACAUUUUGCAUCCUAUUUGAUCUACCAGUGAUUGUGCCGGGCCCCUUUGUUUCAGAUCAUUUCACCCAGACUGUCAAUAUGGGAGGUGAGCUAGCUACAAAAUAAACCAGUGAUUGUGCCGGGCCACUCCAAUGUUGACAGUGGUGAGAUCUGCAAAAAUCACUCAUGUUAGUCCAGACUUAAAUGCACCAAGGUAGCGUAAACUAGAAAACAAUCAACCUUCUUCUCAGAUUCUUUCUUAGUAUGACAGCCCUCCACACUGUUAUUUACGCUACCACCCUCUUGAGUGCAUCUGUGUCACCAAACCACCAUGUUAGGAACUGAGCAAAGGCAAAAAUCCCUAUGUGCAAUAGAGCACUACAAGAAAA